GGGAAGGACAACGAACCGGAAAAGUCUUAGGAAAUCACAUCUGAGAAAAGGCCGAACGAUCUGCUCUCUGGUGAACAUGGGCCGCCACUUUGGAGACUUAGCCAAGGUCAGGCAUGUGAUCACAUACAGCCUGUCGCCCUUUGAGCAGAGGGCUUUCCCCAACUACUUCUCAAAGGGUCUCCCAAACGUGUGGAGAAGAUUCACAGCCUCUUUCUUCAAAGUUGCCCCUCCCAUGGUCCUCAUGUAUCUGACCUACAGCUGGGGCAACAGUGUUCAUGAGCAAAGCAAGAAGAAGAAUCCUAGUGACUACGCCAGCGAUGAAUAAACUUUUUCCAUCCCCUUAAAAGCUGCUCUGUUAUAUUUCAACUCUAUGUAACCAAUAAAAUGAAAAGUAUUUGUGUGAA